AUGUUGAGCACCAUCCUGGUGACAAGUGUGCUUGAGAUUCUACGCAUUACCUCGGAUAGAGUUCCCGUCCAUACACGUACAAUACACGCCAGUCUACACAGUGUCAGGACGAAGAUCACGAGGUCGCAAAAGAGCUCAGUUCCCCAGGCACCGCAAAGCCUUGAUCAAGAUAAAGCGUCGAGUAAAGUCAAUGAGGCGCAGAGGAGCAUACGAUAG